UUCCUGUUUGGACCUGCACAUGCACAGUAGACACACAUGGAAGACGCCACACGUUACUGUCUAUGACUUUAACAGGGUGAGAGUAAGCAUGUAAAACGGCCAAAGCAACGGCAGUCGUAUUAUUUUAUAACAACCCAAGCGUGCAACACAAUGGUUUGGUUAAGCAGAUGUUGUUUCCGGAAGCAAAUUCUACUGUGCGCAACUUGGCCCACCAGCCUUAACAAGGUUAAAUCUUUUAGCAAACAUCAAAAAAUGGCACAAGAACAGUUUGGACUGAUGCGUGUCAACAGAGUAAAGUAUGCAAACUUUGUUGAUCACCUCCGGGUGUAUGUGAAAGGAGGAUCAGGGGGGAUGGGGUUGCCUCGUCUGGGGGGUCAGGGUGGAGAUGGGGGAGAUGUGUGGGUGGUCGCCUCCAAAGACCUCACCCUGAAGAGCAUCAAGGACCGCCACCCAGAGAAGCGCUUUAUGGCCGGAGUCGGCGACAACAGCACUGUCCGGGCACUGAAAGGAAAGAAAGGAUCUGACUGUGAGAUCCUUGCACCUCCAGGAAUCACGGUCACUAAUGACAACGGCAAAGUCCUAGGCAUGCUGAACGCAGUGGGGGAUAAGGUCCGUUUGGCCAGAGGGGGCCAGGGCGGAGCCUUCCACUCGGACUUCCUUCCCAGCAAGGGCCAGGUGCGCCAUGUCAGGUUGGACCUCAAGCUCAUCGCCGACCUUGGCCUCGUGGGGUUCCCCAAUGCAGGAAAGUCAACUCUGCUGUCAGCCAUUUCCCAUGCAAAGCCAGAGAUUGGCAGCUAUCCCUUCACCACAUUAAAACCAGAGAUUGGCAAGGUGAUGUACGAUGAUCACAAACAGGUGUCAGUGGCAGAUCUUCCCGGCCUGAUUGAAGGGGCUCACAUGAACAGGGGCAUGGGUCACAAGUUCCUCAAACACGUGGAGAGAACCAAACAGCUGCUGUUCGUGGUGGAUGUGUGUGGUUUCCAGCUGGCCAGUAACACCCCCUUCCGUUCAGCCUUUCAGGCGGUGCAGCUCCUGACCAAGGAGCUGGAGCUGUACAAUGAGGAGCUGCUCAGUAAGCCAGCCAUACUGGUGGUCAAUAAGAUGGACUUGCCUGAGGCGGGAGAGAAACUCGAUGAACUCACACAUCAACUGGAAAAUCAAGAAGACUUCUGUCACCUUCUCCCCGAGGACAUGGUCCCCAGUCAUUUCCUGUCCUUCCGCCACACCGUCCCCGUCUCGGCGUCCACGGGUUGUGGCCUCUCUCUCCUCCAGCAGCUCCUUCGCCAGUCCCUGGAGGAGCAGGACGCCGAGGCCACCGAGCGCCAGCGCCACCACAAGCUCUGCGAGCUGAGGAAGGCCGUGCGGCCGACCCCCGACCCCGUCGGCCCCAAGUGGGGCCUCUCGUACAAGGCCUGAAUCAGCAAGUCAGCGAGUCACUCUUCAUGUAUUUCCCCCUCUUUUUCUGUCUCUCUCUUCUCCCUGCCCUCAGCGGAGGUGAAGCGGGCGUGGGACACCCUCGUGGGAAUGGAGUGGAGACGUCACCUCAGACCCUCUGCCACCGGCCCCCACCCGCUCCCCAUAGGUCCUCUGGCCUGAGUCACACAGAAGCCCCUCCAGGCCUCUUGUUGGUGAAUCAUGCCUGUCUAGGGACUGACAAAGACGCCAAUCAGUCCUUGGCUGACUGACCAUGAGUCACAUCUACCUGCCUGCCCGCUCAGUGCCUCAUCAGUGAUGUCAGGGACGUUGUGACGAGAGAGAGGGAAGGAGCGUCUGAUAGAACUGCUCACUGUUGUGUGAAGCUUCUAGAAAAGCGCAUUGUUGACCUUCAGAAAGCGCAUUGUUGACCUUCAGAAGCAAAGGUAGGGGAGGAUCAGCUGUGUUCAAUUAGUGUCAGAGUGAAGUGUAAUGUGCAGAUUGAACGAUCUGGCUGAAUACUGUCUUGUGUUGAGAGGCUGUUUACCAGUGUGUAUGUUGGUGGUUCUGUAUAUUUGCUCACUAAGCUAGACACUUUUUUUAGAUUUUUUUAAAGUCAGCUUGAGAUUCCUCUCUGAUGUUACAGUAUGUGAUAAUUGCCACCAGGGGUCAACAAGUACAUCUUCCUCUCAUUUAUCAAGAUGCUCCGUGUUUGUGAACCACAUACAUUAAUUCACACAUUGUAUUUCUAUUGGUGUGUACAGAAUCAUUGUAUAUCUAAGAUAAGUAAAUUAAAAAACAUGUUUUUGUGGCA